GAUAUAAAUUCCAUUAUCUGUACCAACCAUCAUCUCAAUUGGGGAACGCAACGCCCUCUACUCGUGCUCAAGAUGAACGCCUCAAUGCUGUUGCAAUGUGUACGUCGUCAGGCACGGUGUGCGGUUAAAUCCUCCUCCUCGAAUUGGUGCUUGAAGCCCUUUCAGCAACGAACAUUUUCGAGCUCCAGACCAUGGCAAAAGCCAGGUAAAUCGCCUCAGCUUCCAACGGCAUCUACGAGCAAAAUUGAAGCUAAUCAUAUCUAGGUGUCAUCCCAAAAUUUACCAAGACCUCGUCCGAAGAACUUGACACUAUCCUCAGCGACGUGCGCAAUACCUACAUCAUCCCAGCCUACCUAUCCGCCCAACAAAAAGAGCUCAUAACCAAAGGGAAACACCGCAAAAUGCUCGAAAACGACGAGGUCUUCGCCAAUAUCGGCGGCGAAAGAAUUCACCUUACUCCAAUAACGCUAUGGUUUCGGAACCCCUUAGAAAAAAGCAUCCUAGAUGCCAUAAAGAAGAUGAACGACAAGGACGUGGAAAACAUGAUCCCUUUACUCGAGGGUCUCAUGCAAACUGAAUCUCGCAUACCACGCGCAGUCGUUUGGGUCCGCCGAAUAAUCAAACUUCUCAGCGAUCACAAUCGAGAGGAUCUGGUGCUGGCGUAUGUUCGACAAGCUUCCGAUACUGGCUUCCCGCUUGCCAACAAUAGCCUGGUCCGAAGUGUUAUGGUUUCGUUCCUUCAUAAAGCCAUGAAGGCAGAAUGGGAACCUGUGGCCACGAAACAAGCAUUAUCUUGGUGUGAACAGGUUCUCGAUCUGUUGGAGGAUCCAAAGUAUAAGCCUUCACCCCCAGAGAACGACCCACGACUUUGGUACGCGGUACUCUCGCCACCUAUCUUUCUUACUGCAAAACUAGCACAACAACCAGGCGGUGAAGCGGAGAAGGAAAAGCUUGAGGACUAUGUUGCUAGAAUGUUGCGAUUAGAGCGUCCACAACUGAUUACUUUCAAUGGUGAUGCUCGCAAACAUUUUUGGCUAUUAACACAUGUGACCCAAUACGACGCAACACAGGCAGCACUCGAAGUCUUGGAGCCUCGCUCGGAGGUCGGGGGUGAAUUGAAGAAGUUUUCUGCGCAGUUGAAGGAGCAUCUCGAUACAUUAUAUAACGAACUGGUAGGGACUGAGUGGGUAGCUCAGAAGGAGCGUGCGGGUAUGACAGACUACGAAAAGACGUUUGGGAAGCGCUGAUCAUAACAAUGAGUCAA